AUGGCCGACGUCCCCAGGGUGACGACGGCGAGCGUCAUCAGCUCGUACCACCACCACUCCAGGGUGACGCUCGGCAGCGUAAGGCGGACGAAGGCCACGUGA